GUUUUUGUUUGGCUGGCUCACCUUUUACAGUCAAAAUGAUGUUGCUCUUUUCCUCAUAUGACAGAUACAUUCCUGAGCUCCUCCUUACUGCAUGAAAGCACCUGUAUGAAUUGCGAAAUUUAACAGAUGUUAGAGAGAAUAUAAAGCCGGAGAGAGACGUGAUGGGAACAACAGCAAGACAUUAGGCACUUGUCUCUACAACAUGAUCGGGAUUGUCAGCUUUUUUGCUUUGGUGGCCUCCACUCUGGGUUGCGGAGUGCCUCAAUAUCAGCCUUUGGAUAGGACUGCCAGAAGACCUAGUGGGGGAGGGGCAGCAGGUAUUAUUAACGGACACGAUGUAAUAUCUGAUGGAAGGGGAGCACUCCCUUGGCCCUGGCAGGUCUCUAUCCAGACAUCCACUGGUCAGCACUUCUGUGGUGGUUCCCUGAUCAACAGUAAUUGGGUCCUCACUGCUGCCCACUGUUUAGUUAAGGCUAAAGUUCACAAUGUUGUCCUUGGACAGAAUGACCGUGGCUCCUCAACUGAACCUAUUCAGUUCAGGGGAAUUGCCAAGGCCAUCACCCAUCCUGACUACAACAAACAGACCAACUUCAACAAUGAUGUUACACUACUGAAAUUGUCCAGUCCAGUACAGAUGACGCCCCGUGUCUCUCCUAUAUGUCUGCCUAGCUCCUCUGAUAAAACCCUCCCUGGGACUGUUUGUGUGACCACUGGCUGGGGCAGAACUGCAAUCACCUGGAAUCCUCGCAUCCUGCAGGAGGCUAACAAGCCGAUAGUGAGUCAGACUCAGUGUAAGCAAGUAUUUGGUCAGACAAAAAUCACUGAUGCCAUGAUCUGUGCUGGAGCCUCUGGAUCCUCGUCUUGCCAGGGUGAUUCUGGUGGUCCUCUGGUGUGUCAGACCUCAGGUGUUUGGUAUCAGGUGGGCAUCGUUUCCUGGGGCAAAACAAACUGCAAUAUUGAUGUUCCUAUAGUCUAUACCCGCGUCUCUUACUUUCGAAAAUGGAUUGACGAAACUGUUCAAUUCAACUAGAUUUACCCUGCAGAGGACACAUAAGAAGUCUGUCAUCGCUACCCUUUUUAUCCCUUUUUAUUCACAGUUUCUCCUAUGUCUGAAUGAUUUCUAGUGAUUAAACUUUAUCUUCAUACACUUUUUGUGAUGCUACUGUUUUGAAUUCUGGAAAUACUUUGACAUAAUGAUAAUUAAAUUAUUAAAAGUAUAACUUAUGUACCUGAAAUGUAUCUGUUUUAAUGUAAUUUUAAUGGACAUACCUGUUUCUCAAUAAAUAUUAUAUAAAUCA